AUGAAAAAUUUUCUUUUACCUUAUGUUUCUGAAGUUAAUAAAUUAGACUUUAAUAAUAUUAGUUUACCUAAAUGGAAAGAAUACACAAAUACUAAUGAAAUAUUUUAUAAUUAUGGUUUUGAUUUAGAUUUUGUAACUCCUGAUGUCGCUUGUCAAUUGUUUGAAUUUGUUGAUAAAUGGGUUAAAAUUAACGACGUAAUUUAUAAUAUGCAAAACUUUGACGACAUUACAUCUUUCGCUGUUCGUGAUUCUUAUUUAGUUGAAUCAAUAUUAAAAAAAAUUAUUAAGGUUGAUAGAUUAAAUAAUAAUAAAGUUAAUUUAUUAAAAAAAGAAUAUAAAUUUAAAUGGAAAAG